AUGCCCAAAUCCACUCGCCCCCGACCCAUCAUCACCGCUACCCCAGCCGCCGUCCCCAACCUCCGCCCUCGACGCACCACCGCUCGACCCAUCAGCCCAGAUUACGCCCCCUCCGACACUGACUCCCAGGGCAAGCUAGAGAUCAAGCGGGAAAAGAACCGGGUCAAGCAGCGUAACCUGCGAAUCCGUCGAGCCAACCACAUGGCUGCACUUGAACGCGCCAACCUCACACUCCACAACGAGUGCGCCUCUCUUAAUCGCAGCCUCCACUCCAUUCAACAUCGUCAAGCGGCCCUAGACAAUUGGAUCCACGAUCUCGAGUCGACUCUCCUCUCACACGGUCUGUCCGAUCAAGUCCACUCGCUCCGACGUAUCUGGGGAGGCGGCGAACAGCACGCCUUCUCCGUCCUCGUUGAAGCGGCUGCGCACGUCCGGCCCAAAGAUCUCGACGUCCACCCGUAUCUCUCCACAGGAUGCGCUGCACGGCCCACCAGUGCUAGCUCCAGCAUGAAAAUUUCCUCCCUCAUCGACCCAUUGUCACCUGCCGUGACGCCCGUAACCCUUCCACCGAUCGCCUCCCCCGUGCUCGUUCGAUUCACUCAAAAGGGUCACCUCGCAACGCGACGCGCUGCGCCGGCAUCCCACGGUCGAUAG